AUGGCCGCCGCCGUCGCCACCCUCGACGCCUCGGCGACAACGGACCUUGCCGUCAGGUCCAAGCCGGACUCGGACGAGGCUUUCGAUAUCGUCAAGGUCUACCACCGACUGCUCGCCGACGACCCCGACCUCACCAUGCCCGUUGCGGCCAUCGAGGCCCUCAUCGAGACCCUUGGCCACUCGCGCAGCUCGACCGUCUUCGAGACUAUGGACCUCGUCAAGACCCAGUCUGCAAAGCUGCUCGCCAGCGUCGCCAACCCGAUCCCCUUGUCCCACGGCACGGACCUCUUCCAGCAGUACCUGGUCAUGAGCCUCAAGCAGGACCCCUCCUCAAAGAGCCCCGACAGCAUACCCCUCAGCCCCCACGAGAACUUUGAGGAGGUCAGGCAACACCUCCUCCGAAACGGGAGGCUGUUUGCGUCCAGGGCAAAGGAGUCGCGAGAGAAGAUUGCCAGUCUGGGCCGGCGGUUCAUCGCAAACGACUCGGUGGUGCUCACGCACGGCGGGUCCAGAGUGGUCGGCACGCUGCUCGGCAGGGCGGCGGAACAGUCCGGCAGCGACGCCCCGCGGCGAUUCAAGGUGAUCCACGUCAUCAACGAGGCCGAGGCGACAGAGUCGAAUCGCGUGGUGGCCGCGCUGCGCGCAAAGGGCGUGCCGGUGGCCACGAUACCAGACUCGGCGGUCGCCUACGCCAUGUCCAAGGUCAGCAUGGUCGUCGUGGGCGCCGAGGCCGUCACCAGCAACGGCGGCAUCAUCUCGCGCCUGGGCACAUAUCAGAUUGCCCUGCUGGCCAAGGCGGCGCAGAAGGACUUCUUCGUCGCGGGCGAGCAGCACAAGUUUGGCAAGACGUUCCCCCUGGACCAAUUCGACAUUGGCUUCGAGCAGAACCUCCUGGACUUUCAUGCGAGCAAAGCUCACGAGGACACGGAGGAGAGGGCCAAGCAGGACACCAAGCCUACUGCCGAGCCCGUAGACUACACACCGCCCGAAUUGAUCACUUCCUUCUUUGCCGAUCACGGCGUCCUCGCCCCCUCCGCAGUCAGCAAGGAGAUUCUCGACUUCCUGAUGUGA